GGACUUUUACACAGUUGCAGCAAGUGGGUGAGUGGGUGAAUGAGAGAGUGAGCAAGUGGAAUGGCAUCAAUCGUUCCGUCGUGUAUCCUACUAGCUAGUACGUGUCCCGUUUGCCUAGUCCAUGUCACUCGUGUGUUUGCCCCUCUCUGGUGCGUCAAGCGCAGACAGACAGAUAAGCUCAUUGUCCGUUAAGUGUAUAUCGUCUUGUGAGAGUGAACUCGUCCGCGUGCACACCACACAAGAGACAGACAGACAGAUAAAGGGAGCUGGCUGGCUGCAGAGAUGGCGAGAGUCGGAAGUGCCCCGGCACACAGAGUGAGUUGAAACGAGCGAGCAUUGCACUGCUGGCGCCUGGCUGACCGCCAUGGGGCAGCAAGAAAACAUGAGAUAAAGAGCAAUAGCACUGCCUGCCUGCCUGCCUGCGGGAUCGAUCGGCCAUUCGGGGUGACUUGCAUGACUUGUGGGGACCGAAGCAACAACAACAAAGAGAAAUCAAAGGGGCCACACGUCAACAGCGUAUACGCACAGCAAUCCACAACGGUAUCUCACCAACACAGGCGAGCAUUAUACACACAUACACACACUGCACACAUACGUAUCUACACAACAAACAGUCAGUAGCACGGGUGAGCACCACCCAUCGGUCAGCACGCCGUGUCACCGGGUCACAGCAGGCAAGCGAUGUCAUUCAUUGAUUCACUCGUGUGUUGACUCAUCUUCUUAAGUGCGGCCCACGUGUGCGGAUGUGAUAAAGGGAUAGAGAGAGGGUGACCACUGAAAAAGAGGCGUGCAAUCGCUCCUGAUUCCCCCGUGCACCCACCCCACCCGAUCCCCACCCCAUCGCCACCCUCCUGUGUUAGUCGUAUUGUAUUGUAUUGUAUUGCACUGCACACAUUGGCCCCCUCCCUCCCCCACACAGACAGACAGACAGACAGGUGGCAUGUUACGUCUAGAUGCGAGCCAAUGAGAAGCACGCAGGCAGGUAGGUCGGUAUGUGUGCGGGCAAUCGGAUAAAGGCAGGCCAACGGGUGGUGUCCCUCCCCGACCCACCCUGCCCCGCCCCAAGUACAACAACUCAGGCACCUCUUAUACCCCCGGCCACGCACACAGACAAAGCACUCUCAACACGUUCACCGCUCAUUCAUCGACCAGUCCAUUUCCCAUCCAGCCAUCCCCCCCCCAUCCCUCUAUCCCUUCUAUCACGCGCGUCCGCUUCGGUUGAAAGUGUUCUCGCGUCUGCCGCCCCACAGUUGCUCGUCCGCCACCCCCUUGGGGCCCAUGUGGGUGCCGCUGGCGGCAUGUGGGUGUGGAGUGGUGUCGGUGGCGGCCUGGCCGUUGUUGCCGUCGAGGAAGUCGAGGAGCGAUGCGGUGAGUCGGGAGGCCACGAUGGCCGAUGGGUCUGCGUGUGCGAUGGUGGCAUUGCUGGUGGAGUAGUCUGCUGUGGUGGUGUUGGUGGAAGGCGACGUGCAGUUGCCGAUGCUGUCCUUGAGUUGCUCCUGCAACAUGAUCGCCUGACAGACAGACAGACAGACAGGUGUCUUGGUCUGUAGAGGGGGAUCUGUGUGGAUAUGCCUCUCUGACCUUUGUGCUAGGGUGGUUUGGAAACGUGAUGGGCGUGGAGGGCAGCACAUCCUCCAGCCAGUACGGGGGCGGCACGUCGUCAGGCAUGUACCUGCACAACACAACAGCACCACUCCCAACAAUACAAAGAGCUGUCUCCAUUUCCCCUCUCUCCCCUGUUACCGUGGUGGCAACGUCAAGUUGGUCUGCAUCAUCACGCGCCCCUCAGCAGCGUCGUUGUCGUCCGACUUGGACCGUGUACUCGACUCACCCACGUCCACACCCCCCAUCCCCACGCCCAUACCCAUCCCAACACCCAUCCCCACCCCCAGACCAGUCCCGCCAAACAGCGCUCUCAUGUCCGCCGCCCCCAUGACUCCACUGCCCCCAUCGACCACCGACUGAAACAGUGAAGGUGCCUCCAGCUCGAUCUCCACCCCACUGUUGGGCAACACUAGCCCCCCGUUCUCCCGCAGGUAGUCGGCGAGCGUCUGCACGGCCGGGAACACCAGCUGGUGCUGCUCAGCAGGGGGCGGGGGUGGAGGGGGAGGAGGGGGUGGAGGUGGUGGGGGCGGUGGAGGGGGCGAGUCGACGGCGACAGCGGCAUUGUCGCGGAUGAAGAGUGUGCGUGCUGCUUCGGCGGCCCGCUCGGAUGGUGAGAGCUCCGCGUUGCCGUGGGCGUGGCGGCACUCGGUGGACGAGAACUUGCACUGACCUGAGCAUUAACAAGGCAUGGGUCGGCUUGAUGAUCGCCCAUAGCACAAAUGUGACAUGGUUCUCACCCCGAAUCCACUGCGGACAGACUGCACACGGGAACAAGACGCAGACGCAAUAAACAGACACCGGUAGACAUAGAUGGCAAAUGGAUCCUGUGGGGUCACCUUUGGUCUUUCUGAAGAGUCCGGUAGCUCUGAGUUCCGACUCAGAGUGCGCAACUGCAGACAACCACAGCCACCACAGAAUGGAUACACGUACGCGGAUCGCAUGACACGUGCUCUCGUCAACUUACAUGGACACAAAGGUCCCCGCGGACACGUCGUCCCCUGCACGCACCCAUCCAUCCGUUCAUUCAUUCAUGCCACCGCAUUUUGACAAAUCCGUCCGCUGUCCCUCUUGAUCAGUGCUGGACCGACCUCUUUUACAGUGCGGCAGAGUGACGUGAAGUUCAGAUCAGGCCCCUCACGCUGCGCAAAGAGAGAGAAAGCACACAUGACCAUAUACGAGGAGGGUUGAGUUGAGUGUGGGUUGGGUGCGCACUGAACUGACCAGGUCGUGUAUGCCGUGUGCGAAUCUGCAUUGGCUGGGGUGGUUCAUAAAGCGACACUCGCCCUUCGCAUGCCACGGACACAAACUGCAACCACAACCACAUAAAUGCAUGGGCGUCCCUUCCUGUGUCCCUGUGCUUCUAGCUAGAGAUGGUUGCACCAACCGGCUCUUGAAGAACUGAGAAAAGAAUACCGACAGAGGCCAUGACGCAUUGUGCAUUCCUUCUCCUGUGCUGUGUCUGUCUGUCUGUCUGUCUGUUUGUUCCUUCCCCCCUCACCUGUUCUCUGAACUUGAAUCGUGACUGAGGCAGCGUCAGGGAGGUCUUACGAUCAGCCAUCAUCCCCGGAGUGGGUAGGUAGGCAGGUUGAUCUCAACCAAACAACCACACGACUCAAUAAAGAGGCGGGAGCCCAGCCCUUCCCUCACCACCAAUCAGCCUGACGCACACACAGACGACCACGACAGACGCAUGCAUACACAAACCAGCCAGCCCUCACGCCACCCCCCCUCAUGGGCGGACCCCCCAAGAAAUACAUACCCGUGGCUAUUUUGGUCGGGCGACAAGAGCGAUGAUGGGUUCUCACGGACUGGUGUUGUGUCGUGUGGGCGUCAGGCCAAAGCUCCUCACCAAGUGGUCCAUAGCGUGACAGGGACACCUCGGACAGACACGCGGACAGACAGCGCGACAGGGACUAAAGCCUACGUCUGUGUGUUGUGUGGGUCACAUGCGGAGCCUGAGGGGGCUUCCUGAAGCAG